GGGGGACGCGGCCGGCGGCGGCGCCGGGGCGUCCGGGGGAGCCAGAGCGGCUGCUCGCUGCCGCUGGAGACGCGGCCGCCCCGGGGCGGGCCGGGCUGGGCCGAGCCGCGCCGGGCCUGGGGUGCGGGUGGGGUGCCCCGGCGCCCGUGCCGCGGGGUCGGGAGCCGCUGUGCGGCCUCAAAGCGGCGCCGUGGUGAGGGCGGGUUUCCCCGACACCGCGUUUCCGUUCGCUCUCGGCUGGGGCCUGGAGCUGGGGCUGCCCUAAGCCUGCCUGGAGCAGGGCCGGGGCAGAGAACCUCUGCGAACACUUCUGUCUGGCUUCUCAGUACCAGGCCUGAGCCAAGGCGUCCUACUGCCCUCGCCCUGGCAGUAGCUGCAAAUCCAUGUUGACAUGGGGUCUACCAGAGCUACUAGUCACUGUAAGGCUUGAGCUGUGAUGCAGCUAAUGCCUGUGGAGCAAAAGAGUCUAUAAUCUGAUCACAGAGAGGAAAGGUGAACGGUGGGUAUUGAUAUGGACAGUGUUUCCUCAGGCUCUUCUCUGCAGUUCCUCUCCAAACUACUUCAUGAUGCUCAAGAAGAUGAUGAUGAUGAUGAUGAUGAACAUGUGCCACACUGUUCUGUUAGCACCAUGACUCCUGGUAGUAUUGGACCAGUAAAGAAAGAGGCUACUGGUACUUUUCAAGUGAAAUCUGAAAACAUGAAAACUAUUUGGAGUGCAGAGGAGGUCCCAGAAGGAUCUGAAUUUGAUGAUACCUGGGACCCUAGAGAACAGCCAGAGUAUCAGAUUUUAUUCAAACAGUGUGUGGGAACAGAGGAUGUCUUCUUUGGGAUGAGCAGGAAAGACCCCUCCACAGCCUGCUGUGAAGAUGUAGUGAUUAAAAUCAAGCUACCAGAGACAAGGUACUCAGACAUCACAUUAGAUAUCCAGGACAAAGUUCUUGACCUUCGAACUCCCAAAAAGAAGCUGCUGCUGCACCUCCCCUACCAUGUAGACAGCAAGAACGGUAAAGCUCGUUUCCUCUCUGAAGAGGAGACCUUGGAAGUUACCUUGAGAGUAUCAAGGAAGUUUGAUUUCAUAAAUUUUGUCUGAUGGAUAGAGAAAUAGAGAAACUUUGCAAAAAGUAAUCUCUUAGUUUGAAGUCUUCUCAAAACCUAACUGGUCAUGAAAUAGUAGAUUGUUUCCCUGGAACAGCCCAAGGGGAAUAUCCUUGGAGAAAUUGAAUGAGUCAGGAGGAACAUAGCACCCAUAGGUUCUUAAAGCUGAGGCUGUCCAGUUCUUGCACUGCUCUGGUUAACGUUCUGCUUCCUUCAGUCUGAUACAGGCUCUGUGAAUCAGAAAAUAGGAGAUUACAGUUCUGUAAGCCAGAGAAAGUCUUUUUGUGGUUAUGGCUCAUAGGUAGCACAAUGAGGCUCUGGUUAAUGAGUCUGGUGCUUACUUACUGUUGCAAGACUUGCAAGUGGUAAUAUUCUUGCUUGGCCUCCAUUGCUGUGACUGGGACCAGUUCAGAAUCUCCUCUUAGCUACUUCUUGAUGAGAUCAAAGCUCUUCAGGGAUCCAUAUCCACAUCUGAGGCUCCUUUACACUGGCAGAACAAGGUAACCAACUAUAGUUGGAUUGUUGAACAAUUUUUGACAAUGUGUUGGUUCAGUGUCAUCUAUUCACCUGCUGUCCCUCCAGCUUUUUCUGAUCUUUUUUGAUUAAUAAAAUAAUGCGUUCUAAUGAA